GCAGUAGCUUCAACAAGACUUCCAUGGCGUACUUGUCUGCGCCUCCAAAGGACGACUUGGCUCCCUAGAGAUUUGGCAUAUCGAGCGGUCCCCUAUUUUAAUCUGUAGAUUCUUUCUUCAAUCCACACAGGAAACUAUCCCAUCAUUAAUCAAUCCAUCGAUUUACGGCGGUUUAUCGCAGAUUGAGUUCUGUGCACGAAAGCAAAUAUUCGCAGGUAUCCGCUAGAGAACAGAGGGGGUGAGGAAGGAGCCGCGCAUCUUAUCUCAAUCGCCUGAGGUCAGUCAUUCGAAAGUCAAAAUUCUCCUGGCAGGGUUCCGAUUUUGGAUGACGAGAGGCUGAUUAAGUGGGUUACUUCGGAUUUUCUGAUUACGGCAAUCGAGAGUAAGUUGAAAAUGGAUGGCAACAAUUGGCGACCGACCCCGGGGCAGGUUCAGAUGCACGGUCAGAUUAUGGGCGGCGACGCUGUGGCGGCCACCGGCAUGGAAGGCGGCGGCGAUUGGAGGUCUCUACUUCAACCCUAUUCCAGGCAGAGGAUUGUGAACAAGAUAAUGGAAACUUUGAAGAGGCACCUACCUUUUUCUGGACAAGAAGGACUGCAGGAACUUAAAAAAAUAGCCAUCAGGUUUGAGGAAAAGAUAUUUACUGCAGCAACAAAUCAGUCUGACUACUUAAGAAAAAUAUCACUGAAAAUGUUGACGAUGGAGACAAAAUCUCUGAACCCUAUGGGGACUAAUUUUCCUCCUAAUGUUACAAGUAGCAGCAAAAAUCCCCAGGAUACAGGAUCAUCUCAAAGCAUGCAGUCUCAAAUGCCAAAUCAACCUCAGCAACUCCAAAUGCCUGUGGGAUCUCAAGUGAGGCAACCGCUGUUAUCUCAGAACAUUCAGAAUAACAAUCCAUCAGCUGGGGUGCCAAGUUCUGCUGGCUUGGCGUCUGUAUUGCCUGCUGUUCCGUCCAUGUCUCAGGGUACCAUGCCCAAUGUUCCUGUUCAGAAUCCUAACGUGCAGAACAUGUCCAAUAUUACUCCCAGUGCUGUAGGAAAUUCUAUGGGGCAAGGUGUGCCAUCUAAUAUCUAUGGCAAUAAUCAGAGACAGAUGCAGGGUAGGCAACAGCAGGUGGUGAAUCCUGAGCAGCCGCAACAGUCUCAGAAUUCACAAUAUCUCUAUAACCAGCAGCUACAUCAGCACCUUUUAAAGCAAAAGUUACAGCAGGGAGGUGUCACCCAGUCCAUGAUGCAGCAGCAACAGAACCUAUUGCCACAAAAUCAGCUUCAAUCUUCUCAGCAGGGUGCUAUGCAAUCUGCUCUAAGGCAACCAUCUGCUUCAUCUACUCUUCAAAAUCAGCAAUCAUCUCUUCAGCAGCCAAAUCAAUCUAUGCUUCAGCAGCAGCCACAAUCAGUCCUCAGGCAGCCGCAGCAACAGCAACAACAGCAGCAAUCUGUCAUUCCUCAGCCGCAAUCCUCGAUGCCUCAGCAUCCAAUGAUGUCUGGUCAGCAGCCCCAGCAGCAGCAGCAGCAACAACAACAAAUUAAUGGGCAGCAGACAAACCCUGCAAACAUGCAACAGAACCAGUUAAUGAGUCAACAAAAUACUACUCUUGAUGCACAACAACAUCAGCAUCAACAUCAACAGCAGAGGAUGAUUGCUCAGCAGAACAAUUUAUCCAGCAUGCAGCAGCAGCAGCAGACGAUUAGUCAACAAGGCAGCCUUUCAAGCAUGCAUCAACAGCAGUCCACUGGUCAGCAGAACAUCUCAAAUAUGCAUCCUCAGCAAUUAGGCUCUCAAAACAAUCUUUCGAAUUUUCAGCAUCAGCAAAUGGUUAUGCAACAUGGUAACUCAGGCUUGCAAAUUAAUCAGCAGUCUGUCCAUAUGAUGCCUCAAUCUAAGGUUGCGGCGAAGCAGCAAAUGCAACAGAGUAUGGCAAAUAUGUUACCUAACCAAGCUCAACAACCACAGUCACAGCCAAUGCAACAACAAAUGAUGUCACAGAUUCAAUCUUCUGGGCAGCUGCAACAACAAUUGGGGAUGCAACAGAAGGGGUCUACAUUAUCAAGAGACAUGCAGCAAAGGAUUCAGACACCUGCUCCUUUGCUUCAACAACAAACUGCACUUGAUCAACAGAAACAGUUGCAAUCUGAAAGAGGUGCUGCUGCACAGGGGCCUCAGACAUCUUUGGAUUCUUCGGCACAAACAGGAAAUGUGAAUGGUGCAGACUGGCAAGAGGAGAUAUAUCAGAAGAUAAAAUCCAUGAAUGAGCUGUACUAUCAGGAAUUGAAUGAAAUGCACCAAAGGAUGGCUGCUAAGUUGCAACAGCAUGAUUCUCUUCCUCAACAACCUAAGAAUGAGCAACUUGAAAAACUAAGAUUUUUUAGGGUUAUGUUGGAGCGUCUUAUAAUGUUUCUGCAAACCAGCAAGAGUGAUGUUCAGCCAAGUCACAAGGAUAAGAUUCCUGGAGUUCAUAAGCAGAUUGUCAAUAUUCUCAGUUCAAACAGACCAAGGAAGCAUGUUCCUGGAAUGCAGCAAGGACAGAUUUCACAGGCUAACUUGCAUACUAUGCAACAGUCUCAGCUGCAACAACCUCCUCAAAUGCACACAAAUGAUGGGCAAAUGAAUUCCCAGAUGCAACCAGCGAAUGUGCAGGGUUCUGGGGUGUCUACACUGCAGAAUAGUAUGAGUAAUGUGCAGUACAGUUCAGUGUCUUCUGGUGCUUCAAAUUCUCGUGCGAAUAUGAUGGAUGGACUGCAGCCUGGUUCAAACAUUGAAACUGGACAGGGCAAUGCCAUGAACCAAAUGCACCAAGUGUCUAUGAGUUCUCUACAGCAAAAUCCUGUGAGUAGUCCACAACAGACGAAUAUUAACCCAGUAUCAUCACAAAGCGGGUUAACAUCACUACCGACAAAUGUUAACCCCCUACAGGCAAAUUCAAAUAUACUUCAACCCCAGCAAAUAAAACAGGAGCAACAGAUGUUUUCAACCCAACAAAUGAAACAGCAGUACCAGCAGCAGCGACAGUUGCACCAACAAUAUCUGCAUAAACAACAGAUGAUCCAGCAACAGCAGCAAACUGGUCAGCAGCAGCCAGCUCAGUUGCCCUCACAGCAGAUGAUGCAGCAGCUUAAUCAGAUGGACACUAAUGAUAUGAAGAGGCAUCAGAUGGUUGUCAAACAAGGAGUUCUUCAGCAGCACAAUUCCUCCAGCCAACGACCAUCAUAUCAUCACCAACAACUUAAACCUGGAGCUGCGUUCUCUAUUUCUUCACAGCAAGGUCUUCAGGCAGCAUCCCCUCAGAUUGGUCAUCAUGCAUCCCCACAGGUUGAUCAGCAGAAUCUUCUGACAUCCCAUCCCAAAUCUGGAACUCCUUUGCAGUCUGUCAGCUCCCCGUUUGUUGUUCCGUCUCCUUCAACUUCAAUGGCACCGUCACCUAUGCCAGGUGAUGAGAAAACUAGUUAUGGUGUUUCAUCGCUGGCAAAUGUUGUACAUCCUUCAACUGCUGCAGCAUCAAUACCAAAGCAGUCCCUUGCAAUUGGGACUCCGGGAAUAUCAGCCUCACCAUUACUAGCAGAGUUUACCAGUCCUGAUGGCACUCAUGCCUUCGCAUCUACCAUUGUUCCUGGCAGCACUAAUGUGGUGGAACAGCCACUUGAACGAUUAACAAAAGUGGUAAGAUGGAUGCUCUCUCUCGUUUGUGGGAUAUUAUUACUUCAUCUCCUCCAAUGUUAUGUCCGCUUCAUUUGUAAGUAGGAGUAAAUAUAUGUUAUUUAUGUCCAGCUAAAAAUAUACAAUUUGACAUAAUACUUCUCUCUGUCCUGGCUAUAAUGUCCGUUUUACAGUAGACAGAAUUUACGAUAUAACUAGUAUAUAUAUAUAUAUACACAUUAGUGUCAGUAAUUUUAGCGUAAUUGGAUUUAUUCGGGACCAAUGAAUGUUGGGAUUAAGUGAACUUCGGGAUGGGAUGCAUGGAGUGCGCACUCGAAAAAACUAAUUUUGACAUAAUUUUGACAAGUAACAAAAAUUUUGGGACAUAUUGUUUAUACGGUUUUAGUCAUGGGCAUGACUAAGUCUGCUGUCUACAAAUUUUAAAGUUUUGUAAUUAAAUUUAUGAGACAAUGUAAUAUCUAACUUAGUCAUGGCCAUGCUAAGUGGUACAGGCUAUUUUGGAAUUUUUCCUAGAAUUUUAAUUUCAAAAUUGUGUUUAUUUAUGAA